GGCGCCGCCGCAGCCGAGCGCUCGGUUCCGGCGGAGCGGGGCGCGGGGGCUGCCGGCGGCCGAGGCGGCUCCGGGAGAGGCUCGUUCGUGUGCCGCAGCCUGUGGCGCCGCCAUGUCGGCCCUGGAGAAGCAGCUGCACCUGGGCCGCCUCCCGCCGCGGCCUCCCCUGCCCGGGGGCGGCGGCCAGUCGGGCUCCAAGAUGCGCAUGGGCCCUGGAAGGAAGAGAGACUUCUCCCCAGUGCCUUGGAGCCAGUACUUUGAGUCCAUGGAGGAUGUGGUGGUGGAGAAUGAAACUGGCAAGGAUAUAUCCUUUAGCCUAGCUUGGAGGCUGCCCUAGGGUGCCUGGGGGGCCUGCCCUGGAGCUGUGUGGAGGGAGAGCAGCUGUGGGCAGCAGGGGUGGGGGGAGGAGAGAACCAACUUGGUGCUGAUUAAAUCAAUGAGCUGAGCUCUUCUGCUUGCUGGAGCCUCUUGGUCCAGGAGGAGAGGGAAGCUACCCAAAGGGGACAGAGCCAAGCACCACAUCCUGGGGACACAGGGCUCUGAGGGCUGGAGGAAGAAGUGGCUUGGUGGCUGCACCCAAAGAGUGGCUGCCAGAGGCUCCAUGGCCAAGGGGAGUCCCUCAGGGAGCAGUCCUGGCACCAGUCCUGUUCAGCAUCUCUGGGGGUGCCCUGGGCAGAGGUACUGGGUGCAGCCUCAGCAGGUUUGCUGCCCACACCAAGCAGCAGCCAGGCUGGGGGGCAGGGAUGGCAGCCAGAGGCACCUGGGCAGGCUGCAGAGCUGGGCACAAGCCAAGCUCAGGAGGGGCAACAAGAGCAAGGGCAAGGUCCUGCAGCUGGGUGGAGGCAAUGCCAAGCACCACUGCAGGCUGGGCAGUGCCAGGCUGGAGAGCAGCCCUGAGCAGAGGGACUUGGGGGUGCUGCUGGAGGAGAAGCUCAGCAGGAGCCAGCAGUGUGCACUUGCAGCCCAGAGAGCCAAGCAGAGCCUGGGCUGCAGCAGCAGCAGUGUGGGCAGCAGGGCCAGGGAGGGGAUUCUGCCCCUCUGCUCUGCUGUGCUGAGAGCCCACCUGGAGUGCUGCAUCCAGCUCUGGAGCCCCUGGGACAAGAGGGCUGUGGAGAUGCUGGAGAGUGUCCAGAGCAGGGCCAGGAGGAUGCUGAGAGGCUGCAGCAGCUCUGCUGUGAGCACAGCCUGAAAGAGUUGGGGCUGUGCAGGCUGGAGCAGAGGAGGCUCCCAGGUGACCUUCUUGUGGCCUGCCAGGAUCUGAAGGGGCUACAAAAAAGCUGGGGAGGUACUUUUGAGGCUGUGAGGGAGUGGCAGGAGUGGGGGGAAUGGAGCAAAGGUGGAGGUGGGGAGAGUGAGGCUGGAGGUGAGGAGGAAGUUGUUGAGCAGGAGAGUGGUGAGAGGCUGGACUGGGUUGCCCAGGGAGGGGGUUGAGGCCCCAUGGCUGGAGGUGUUUGAGGCCAGGCUGGCUGAGGCUGUGUGCAGCCUGCUCUAGGGUAGGGUGUCCCUGGACAUGGCAGGGGUUGGCACGGGCUGCUCCCUGUGCUCCCUUCCAUGACCUACUGGCCAAGAGGCACUUUGACCGCCAGCGGCACUUGACCGCCGGAACCUUCUCUGCCAGUCCCACUGAUGUGUGUCUGCAUUUUGCUGCUUAUUGCUAGAUCCAGAUUGUAUCCACAGAAAGUUUCCAUGACCUUGCAAGAACCUAAAUGUCAUUAACACGAGUGGGCAGGGGUGGCAAGAGCUCUGAACAGCAAUAAACCAUCUUCGUGUUGGCAAAGGA